AUGGACGGAGAAGUAUUCCGCAGCCCUGAUAAAUUGAUGCAAUUUCGCUGUUUUCUUGCUUUGAUUCUAAAAUCAUUAAUUUUAGAAACUUCCACUGACCAAACCAAACAGAAACCAAAAGCAAUGAUUUCUUCAAGAACUGUGUCUUGUGUUCGUGCUCAAGUGCCUAGAAACUUGUGGAAGCCUGUCUCAUACCAAUCAACGCCUGUCAAGGUUGAUUUGGCAAAGAGAUUUGUGGCACAAUUGUCAUUUUCCAAAACUCCAAAUACCAUUACCACCAACCAAUCAAAUAAAUCUUUUGCAAAGAAUUCCGUUGAAUGGGAUUUGCUUAGAAACUCAAUCAACAAAUUCACUGACAAUCAUUCUUUGAAAGUCCCCCUUGUCAUCAAUGGGGAACGUAUCUAUUCAAAUGAGGGAAAUUUAUCCUCUUCAUCAUUGGUUUCUCAAGUCAAUCCAGCAAAACAUGCCCAAGAAAUUGCUUCUGCUAGUCAGGUAACCGCCGAUGGUGUAAAAUUUGCCAUUGACUCCGCCCUUAAAGCGAAAAAGACAUGGAUGGAAUACUCUUGGGAUGAUAGAGCUGCCAUUUUUUUGAAGGCAGCGGAAUUGAUUGAAACCAAAUACCGUUACGAUUUGCUUGCUGCUACCAUGCUUGGUCAAGGGAAAAACGUCCAACAAGCGGAAAUAGAUGUUAUUGGUGAAUUGAAUGAUUUCUUACGUUUCAAUGUCAAAUAUGCUGAAGAAUUAUACCAUCAACAACCUGUGCAAAGCUCUAAAGGUGUUUGGAACAGAGCGGAAUACAGACCAUUAGAAGGGUUUGUUUACGCUGUGACUCCAUUCAACUUCACUGCAAUUGCUUCCAAUUUGGUGUGCGCUCCAGCGUUGAUGGGUAACGUUGUUGUUUGGAAACCAAGUCAAACCGCUUUGUUGUCUAAUUACUUGCUUUUGACAGUUUUGGAAGAGGCUGGAUUACCUAAGGGGGUUAUCAAUUUCGUUCCAGGUGAUCCUGUUGAAGUUACUGAUGUGGUUGUAAACCAUAAGGAUUUUUCCGCUCUACAUUUUACCGGGUCCACUGCAGUUUUCAGAUCUCUUUUCGGUAAGAUCUCCAGCAAUGUUGCUCAAGGAAUUUACAAGGAUUACCCAAGAAUUGUCGGAGAAACUGGUGGGAAGAACUUCCACAUUAUCCACGAAUCUUGUAAUGUGAUUCACUCAGCACUUUCGACUUUGAGAGGGGCAUUUGAAUAUCAAGGACAAAAAUGUUCUGCUGCUUCCAGAUUGUAUUUGGCAGAAAAUGUUGCCGAUGAAUUUUUGGACGUCUUAACCAAGAACCUCGACACCGUUAGUUUAGGAAAUAAUGCUGUUCAUGAAGGUUUCAAAGAAUUUAUGGGUCCAGUAAUCCACAAGGGCAGCUUUGACAAAUUGGCCAACGCCAUUGAAGAAGCCAAGAAGGAUCCAGAAUUAAAAAUUGUAUGUGGUGGAAAAUACGAUUCGACAAAUGGUUAUUUUGUUCAACCAACUGUGAUUGAAACCACCAAUCCUAACCAUAAAUUUAUGUCCCAAGAGUUUUUCGGCCCAGUUUUAACAUUAUACAAGUACAAACCAUCUGAUUAUGAAAAAAUUCUUGAAGUGGUUGACACAACCAACCAAUAUGGUCUUACAGGGGCAAUUUUCGCUAAAGAUCGUUCUGCCAUUAGACUAGCUGAAGAAAAGCUUAGAUACAGUGCCGGUAAUUUCUAUAUUAAUGAUAAAUGUACUGGUGCGGUGGUUGGUCAGCAAUGGUUUGGUGGUUCUAGAGCCAGCGGAACCAACGAUAAGGCAGGCUCAGGAAAUAUUUUGUCUAGAUUCGUCAGCGUUAGAAAUAUUAAGGAAAACUUUCAAGAGUUGACUGAUUACAGAUAUCCAAGCAAUAUUCAAUAA